AUGGCCCAUAAGAGCGGAUUCGAAGCUCUCAGUAGAACAUUAAAAGACAUAAGAGAAAACAAUAGCUUGAUGGGAGGGGUCACUGUGCUGUUAGUUGGAGAUUUUCGGCAAACGUUACCCGUCAUACCUAGGGGUACACGGCCAGAUGAAGAAAAAGCAUGCUUAAAGACUUCAUAUUUGUGGCCACAUAUCCGGAAACUUGCACUCCAAUACAAUAUGAGAGUCCAUUUAAGUGGUGAUACAUCCGCUGGGCUUUUCGCUGAAGUGCUACUAAAAAUAGGUGAUGGAAAUUACCCUCCACUGGAAGUAACAUCAAAAAAGAAGCCCACAGAAUGGUUGUGCGAACGUGCUAUCUUAACUCCGAGAAACGAUAAAGCAGCCGCAGUUAAUGAUAUUCUAUUAAAAGCCUUCGAAGCUCAAGAUCCUGAAUACAGGUCUUUUGAUUCAGUGAUCCAAACGGACGACGCCGUCCCCUAUCUGACAGAAUUUCUUAAUACUCUGAAUCCUCUUGGUCUGCCAUCACAUAAACUCAUUCUUAAAGUCGGAGCAUCUGUAAUGUUAUUAAGAAAUCUUAAUCCACCAAAAUUAUGCAAUGGUACGAGACUACAAGUAAAUGCUUUGCAUAAGAACAUUGUAGAAGCUACAGUGAUCACUGGAUGUGCUCGGGGAGACAGUUUUUAUCCCAAGAAUACUAUUAACACCAUCAGAAUAUCUGUUCGAAUUUAA